ACAUUUGACAGCUGUUUUGUCGUGAAGAAUUUUUCCGCAUUUCCAGCAAUCAAUUUUUCCCAUUUCUGACGAAAAUAGGUGUGGAAAAGCAGUGAAAUCACAUCGAAGAGGUUUGCAAAAGUGUUAACGAGUUUUCAGCGAGUGAAUUGCGAACCAAUUAUACAAGGAUGGAGGCUCUGGACGUACUAGAGAAGCGUGUGGAUGCUCUGAAUGAUUUACUGGGCCCCCUGCCAGAUGAGGACACCGCGAUCAAGGGUGGGGAGAACCUCACAGAUUCGCUGACGUCAGCGCACACCUUGCUCACGAGCGCUCUGAGUGGCCGAGACAAGAUUACCGAGGUGCUGAAGCGCACGGAUGAGCUCGAGAGCUAUUUGGAUCCCAACUUCCUCGAUGACAAGCAGGAUGUGAAGGCGCAGGAGGUGUACAUCAACACCAUUGCCACUGAGCUGGCUGGGAACUUUGAGAUGCUGGAGAAGAUCAAGUCCCUGGAACCGACCUUGGGUGCUGAGUACUUUAGCAAUAUCCCAGAUGCCACGGACAAGCUCAAGGCUUUGAACAACUCAACAUCUGAGCAGAAGGAUCAGGGAGAGAUGAUUGAGCAGAGCAUCAUCCUGGCUAUUCAGAGAUACAGUGAGAUUCAGGCGGGCAUCAAAGAGUCACUGCGGAAGAUGAACGAGAGGAUAGACGAGCUGGAGCAGAGGCUGUCGAAGAAGAAGAAGGACGUGGACGUGUAAGCAAGCGUGU